CAGAUCAGUUCCGUAGUUUACUCGAUCACGACACACAUGAUGACACAUAUACACGUGUACAUAAAAGCCAUUCUUAUCGAAAUCUCAUCACCUUCCUCCUGAAUUCAUUCAUUAUAGGCGCGUAUACUUGGGAUUCUAAGCUUCGAGCCAACGUUCUGUUUCUUCUGGGGAAAAUGAAGGAAGAUACUACCGGAAACCCUCUCCAUAUCAAGUCUUUGAAUCACAUCUCUCUUCUCUGCCGAUCCGUCGAGGAAUCCAUUAGCUUUUACCACAACGUUUUAGGGUUCCUCCCUAUUCGCAGACCUGGCUCUUUUGAUUUCGAUGGCGCUUGGUUGUUUGGACACGGAAUUGGGAUUCAUCUUCUUCAAUCUCCUGAACCUGAGAAAUUACUCAAGAAAACAGAGAUUAAUCCCAAGGACAAUCACAUUUCUUUCCAGUGCGAAAGCAUGGAAGCGGUGGAGAAGAAGCUCAAGGAGUUGGAGAUAAAGUAUGUGAGAGCAGUGGUGGAAGAAGGCGGCAUCCAAGUGGACCAACUCUUCUUCCACGACCCUGAUGCCUUCAUGAUUGAGAUCUGCAACUGCGAUAGCCUCCCUGUCGUCCCUCUCGCUGGCGAGAUGGCUCGUUCCUGCUCUCGACUCAAUAUCCGCCAGCUCGUCCACCCCUAGUUCUCUGUCUUCCCUAAUUUCUGUUUUCGUACAUAAUUUAAGUAGUGUCCAUGCAUGUGUUUGCCUCUUUGAUUGCGUGUGAAUAUAAUUGCCUGUAAUAAACACAGAGGUAGUUGAUGUGAUUCCUCAACCGGGAAAAUGACCAUUUGCUUCACUUUAGUCUCUCUCUCUGCCCUCAUCAGUUGAGAAACCAAACUCUCUCUCUUUUCUUGUUUUCCUUCUAAUACUUGUGGUUAUGCAUGAUAUCAACAAGAAAAUCUUAUAUUA